GUUCUCUUCUUAUUCAGAUCCUCCUUUAAUACCAUAAAAAUGGCAAACCCUCCCCACGGUGGUGUCCUCAAGGACUUGAUUGCCCGCGAUGCUCCCCGCCAUGCUGAGCUCGAGGCCGAAGCUGCCACAUUGCCCGCUAUUGUCCUCACAGAACGCCAAUUAUGUGAUCUGGAAUUAAUCAUGAACGGUGGUUUCAGCCCUCUUGAAGGUUUCAUGAACGAGAAGGAUUACGAUGGAGUUGUUGCAGAGUCUCGUCUUGCCGACGGCAACCUCUUUUCCAUGCCCAUUACGCUCGAUGCCUCCGAUGAAACUGUCAAAGAGCUUGGAUUGAAGCCUGGAUCGCGCAUCACAUUGCGAGACUUUCGGGACGACCGUAACUUGGCUAUUUUGACCAUUGAUGAUAUCUACCGUCCUGAUAAGACGAAAGAAGCCAAGCUCGUUUUCGGCGGAGAUGAAGAACACCCUGCAGUCAUAUAUCUCAACACCAAGGUCCAAGAAUUCUACAUCGGAGGAAAAGUGGAAGCUGUAAACAAACUUAACCAUUACGACUAUGUCGCUCUCCGAUAUACCCCCGCUGAAUUGCGCACUCACUUUGACAAGCUCGGCUGGACCCGAGUUGUCGCUUUCCAGACAAGAAACCCCAUGCACCGAGCUCACCGUGAAUUGACCGUCCGCGCUGCCCGUGCCCGUCAAGCAAAUGUCCUCAUCCACCCCGUCGUCGGUCUCACCAAGCCUGGUGACAUUGACCACUUCACCCGUGUCCGAGUUUACCAAGCUCUUCUUCCUCGUUACCCCAAUGGUAUGGCUGUCCUCGGUCUUUUGCCUCUGGCUAUGCGUAUGGGUGGUCCUCGUGAGGCUAUCUGGCACGCCAUUAUCCGCAAGAACCACGGUGCAACUCAUUUCAUUGUUGGACGUGACCACGCCGGUCCCGGAAAGAACUCCAAGGGUGUUGAGUUCUAUGGUCCUUACGACGCUCAGCAUGCGGUUGAGAAAUACAGGGCUGAAUUGGGUAUUGAGGUGGUUGAGUUCCAGCAGGUUACCUACCUUCCCGAUACCGACGAGUACAAGCCUGUGAAUGAGGUGCCCGAAGGCGUAAAGACUCUUGAUAUUUCUGGUACUGAGCUGCGAAGACGCCUCCGCUCAGGUGCCCAUAUCCCAGAGUGGUUCUCUUACCCUGAGGUUAUCAAGGUGCUUCGCGAGUCCAACCCACCUCGGAAUGCUCAAGGCUUCACCAUCUUCCUCACUGGAUACCAGAACUCGGGCAAGGACGCGAUUGCCCGUGCUCUUCAAGUGACUCUCAAUCAGCAAGGUGGACGCUCCGUUUCGCUCUUGUUGGGAGAGACAGUCCGUCACGAACUUUCAUCAGAACUGGGUUUCAGCCGCGAAGACCGCGACAAGAAUAUUCAACGCAUUGCCUUCGUUGCUGCCGAGCUCACCAAGGCUGGUGCCGCCGUUAUCGCUGCACCCAUUGCUCCUUACGAGUCAUCCCGCAAGGCUGCUCGUGACACCAUCUCAGCAGUGGGUACAUUCAUCCUUGUCCAUGUAGCCACACCACUUGAAUACUGUGAGAAGACCGAUAAGCGAGGUAUCUAUGCCAAGGCUCGCCAGGGUGAAAUCAAGGGCUUCACUGGUGUCGAUGAUCCCUAUGAGGCUCCUACCAAGGCCGAUCUCGUUGUUGACGUUGAGAAGCAGAGUGUCCGCAGUAUUGUGCAUGAGAUUAUCUUGAUUCUUGAGAGUCAGGGCUUCCUUGACCGUUCGUAAUUGGGCAUAUUAGUUGGACUAAAAAGAAAUGAGAUUAUGCUUGGAUAAGGUUAUGAAAUGUGCUUGGAAUAUGGAAGCUUAAUGUGCAUACAGGAGCUACAUAGAGGCGUUUAUAUAGUCAUUUUCUUUAAGAUCAAGAUCUCUGUAAUGCGGAGCAGAUUUCAAGGCUUGUUUGGCAGAUCAGCCAACUAC